ACGUUUAUAGCUUAUGGCAGCAUGGUUUAUGUCUGAAACUCAACCAAACUUUUUAAUCUUUUUGAUAUUAAUGAACUCGCACAGUAUCAAAAGCAUUCAAACUUAUUGAUAUCUAGUUUGAAACUGAGAAAACUGAGUUGAAACGAACGAAAUUUUAUAAAUGCUGGCAUUCAUAAAUACAACACUGAGAACCGAAUAAACAAAUCAUAAAGAAUAUUUGUAUAUUUGCGUUAGAUCGAAUUUAAAAAUUAUGUUAAAGAUUUUAGAAUCAUUGCUAGAAUUUAGUUAACUAUGUUUAAAAAUACAUUUCAAAGUGGAUUUUUAUCCAUUUUGUACAGUGUAGGAAGUAAGCCGUUACAAAUUUGGGAUAAAAAGGUACGAAAUGGACAUAUUAAAAGGAUUACUGAUAAUGAUAUCCAAUCAUUGGUAUUAGAAAUUGUUGGCAACAAUGUUAGUACAGCUUUUAUAACCUGCCCAGCUGAUCCUCGUAAAACAUUAGGAAUCAAGCUACCUUUUUUGGUACUUAUUGUCAAGAAUUUGAAGAAGUAUUUCACUUUCGAAGUCCAGAUAGUCGAUGACAAAAAUGUUAGGAGGCGUUUCCGAGCGAGCAACUAUCAAAGUACCACACGAGUGAAGCCCUUUAUAUGCACGAUGCCUUUGAGAUUGGAUGAUGGUUGGAAUCAAAUCCAGUUUAAUUUAGCUGACUUUACGAGAAGAGCAUAUGGUACAAAUUAUGUGGAAACACUUAGAGUUCAGAUACAUGCUAAUUGCAGAGUACGCCGAGUAUAUUUCUCAGAUAGGUUGUAUUCUGAAGAUGAAUUGCCAGCUGAAUUCAAGCUGUAUAUUCCUGCUCACACUAAAGUCAAGGCCUCUGCAUAAUCACACGACUCACCGUUUUUAGUGAUAAUAUUUUGUACUUGUGAUUUUCUUGUUAAUCUAUAUUUGUCAAUAAAUGUUUUAUCUAAAUCA